AUUGAACCCCCUGAAAGAAAUGAUGGAAAGGCGAUAUAAAUAAAGACGUCCACAAAAAUUAUCUUGUUGUAGAGUGUAAUCUUGUAGCAGAAUGAAGACAUAUCAAGUUUUUCUACUAGUUUUGUUGGGUGUAGCAGCUAUCUGCUUAGCAGAAGAGGCGUGUAAGGAUUAUAACAACUUCUGUCAUUACAUGUCCAAAUAUGGCGCAUGCUCAUGGAACAACAACACAAAGACAACAUGUCCACGAACAUGUGGGAUAUGCUCAGUGGAAUGUCCAAACAUAGAAGCUUCUAAACGACGCGACUGUGGACAUUAUGGUAUCACAUAUUUGGAUUGCUACCACAAAGGAUGUUGCUGGUCUCCAUUGGAACAAAACUCGAAAUAUCCAUGGUGCUUUUAUCCCGAAGGCGUCACAAAAAAAGAUUUAUCUGAUGAGGUCACACCGGAUGAGAAAUGCGAGGACACAAACGAAUGGUGUCAUUAUCACACUCAAAGAGGUGGUUGCCACAUAAGUGACUUCACAAAAAAAGUGUGUAGGAAAUCAUGCAAUCUCUGCUGAAUGACAAGAUGACACACCAACAGAAAAAUAUCUUAUAUUAUUCUUGAUUAUAAUCUUUAUAAUAUUUA